AGAGCACAGACUAAGAAAAAAUUAAAUAAAUUAAAAAAAAAAUAAUUUUUAUUUAUUUAUUGUGUCACUGUUAUGAGAAAAUCGAUAAAAACAAUUUAUUCAUGUUUUAAGAGAGAGAAAAUCAGAGCCAUAGAUUCCUAAUCUCUUUUCUUCUUCAUUUUCUCACUCUCUACUCUCUCUGAUCUAUCUUUCUAUCUAAUCUCCUUCGUUGAAAAAAUAGAGUAAAACCCUUUUGAGAGUGAGAGAGGAGAGAGAGGGGUUUUUGUUAUCUUCAUCAUACUCAUGAGGGUUUUUGCUUUUUGUUAGGAAAAUUAAGAAGAGGGGUUUUCUUCUUCUUCUUUGUUGAGAUUCUGGUCUUGUGUUCUUUCGUGGAGGAAGAAAAAAAGGUGGUUGAGUUUUUGGAUUUAUGUCGGCUGAUUCCGUAUUUGAUUUGGUAGUGAUUGGGGCUCCUUUGAAGAAGCUCUGUCAAGCUGUUAUUUUUUGCUGUAUGAUUUUGAUUGGGUUCUUACACAGACUGUUCAACCUUGUUUCGAUGCGUUUGAGACCAAAAAGGACUUGGUCUGCAAUUGGGUGUUCUUCAAUAGAGUGUUUCGGAGAUUUUUACCAAUUUUCAACGAUUUUCUUGUUCUUAAGAGGGGGUCUCACUUGAUCUCUUGACCCUUUCACCAUUUUUGUUCUUUUUUUUUUAAUUUAUUAUUUUUAUUUAGAGUUAGAACACCUGAUUUUCCCUUAAAAAAAAAUGCCAGAGCCUAGAAACCAGUCAUCAAAAUCCAUGAGAAAGAUUCGUGUAAUCUGUUCAGAUCCUUACGCUACGGACUCAUCUUCAAGUGAAGAUGAAGGUUUCGGUAGAAAAAUUUCAAAGAAAUGCAAGAGAAUCGUUAAAGAGAUCCAUGUUCCUCUUUUCCCUACUAAACCCACUAAAACCCUAGAAUCUGAAAGCUCAGUUCAAGACAGCAACUAUGGUGGUUGUGUUGUUGUUAGCCAAACCCUAAGCAACCCCAAGAGAAGGGUUUUUGCUAAAACCUCAAAUGGGUCUAGAAAACCUUCUUCUUCUCCGUACAGAGGUGUUCGCCAAAGGAAAUGGGGUAAAUGGGCUGCUGAAAUCAGAGACCCUUUUAAAGGUUCUCGUCUCUGGUUAGGAACAUACACUACUCCUGAAGAAGCUUCCAAGGCCUAUGAAGCUAAGAGGCUCGAGUUCGAAGCCAUGGCGAAUGCUAAUUCGACCCCGAAAUUCAACAGUUCAUCUUCUUCAGCCUCAGCCUCUGUUUCGGCCUCUGUUUCGGUCUCUGUUUCGGUUUCUGCCUCGGCUGAGGACUCAGAGAGUGUGUUGUCACACAAUUCACCAGCAUCAGUUCUUGAAUUGGAGACAUCAGCCUCUGAUUCCAAGCUUGAUGAAACCAUUAAUGCUAAUGUAACUGAAGAAGAAACUCCUGACUUGGGUUUCAUGGAUGAAGUUCUUGCUUCAUUUCCACCAUUGGAGCAAGACAUAAACUUUGGACCAGAGCUCGAUACCCUUUUCUUAGAUGACAUUGAUGACCUUCUUAAUGGCUUCAACAACAUAGAUGAUAUUCAGCUUUUUGGUGUUGAAGACAAAGAUUCAAGUAAUCUACCUAAUUAUGAUUUUGAUGAUCUUGGGAAAGAUGACAUUUCUUUCUGGAUGGAAGGAGCACUCAAUAUACCUUGCCUAUAAACAAAAAUGCCUUGAGAGUUUUUUCUAUUUUUUUUUUGGUUUAUUAAGUUAAAAAGAUCUUAUAAGUUUUGUUUACUGUGUUCUUGAGUAGAGUGUUUAUGUGAGAGUGAGGUUUUUUGUUUUAGUUGUUAAUGGCGGAUGUUAGUAGAUUAUGAGGAAUGAGUAGUCUCAAACAUUGUGUAAUUGUUCUUAGAAAAAACAAGAGUAUCACUUGGGUUUUCCUGUGCUAUAAGAGCCGUCCAAGGGUUACUCUUAACAAAAAAAUCUUCAUCAAUGUGUUCCUCAAA